AUGGACGAGGUUAGUCCACUUGCGGAGCUCUUGGGGCAGGCCAUCUACCAGUACACGAAGAUCAAACCUUUCCUACCGACAUACGGCCAUCUACUUGUUUCGGCUCUCUUUCCUAUUUACAUUGGCGCCCAUGCAUCCCUUUCGAGACCCUCGUCUGCUGCCAAACCUCCCAAGAAAGACACGAAUAACAUCGAAACAGACAAUGAGGAAGAAGACGAGGAAGGACUGAGCCCCGUCCAGAAGAUGGAGGGUCUUGAGCCCAGUGAUGCGCUAAUGUUCCCGUUGACUGCCGGUCUCACUCUCGGUGGUCUCUAUUUGAUCAUCAAAUGGUUGGAUGAUCCAGCCAUAUUGAACAAGGUCCUGAGCUUUUACUUUUCUCAGAUGGGACUCUUUUUCGCAGUCGCAUUCCUGAAGGACUGUCUUUUGGUCUUUCGAUCCUUUCUUUUCCCUCGCCGAUAUCGAUUCGCUGGCAGGAUUUGGAGGGCGAAACAGUCGGAACGAGUUUUUAAAGCCGAUCAGCAGGACUCGACGCAGGGUGCGCUGCUAGCUCUGUCUACUGUUGGGUAUUUCGCAUUUGUUGCGAAACCAUGGUGGCUGACAAACUUUCUGGGUUUCAGCUUCUGUUACGGCGCGCUGCAGUUCAUGUCACCAUCAACGUUCAAAACUGGGUCACUUAUUCUGGGCUCGUUGUUUCUCUAUGAUAUCUACUUUGUUUUUUAUACCCCGUUAAUGGUGACAGUCGCUACAAAACUAGAUGUACCAAUCAAGCUUUUGUUUCCCCGGCCACCUGCUCCUGGUGAAGCCCCGGAUGUUGUUUCCUUGGCGAUGCUGGGCCUGGGGGACAUUGUCAUUCCCGGUAUGAUGGUGGGACUGGCGCUCCGAUUUGAUCUUCCUUUCCCAAACCUUAUUUCAAGGCCAGCUUGUUUGGGUACAUUGUCGGAAUGA